UCUCAGUAGAGGUGAACUUGUAACACCAGAAGAUGGAUCCUCCUGAAGCAUCUGGAGGAGUUCAAGGCAGUAAUGUUGGAGAAUCCUCGGUGAAAACCAGCGAAUCGAAGGUGGGAGAGAUGGAGUCUGUGUUGGAGCUGCUGCUGGAGACGCUGUCCGCUCUGAGCGAAGACAGUUUAAGUCAAUUCUGGAAGCAGUACCUGGACCGAGAACGUUCCUUAAGUCCUGCCGGUAUCACAGCUCUAAAAGGAGAACCCUUCCCACCGUCUGCUGUUAAGACUGAGCUGGAGAUCUUAGCAGUCUCAUUGUUGCAGCGUGAGGGAAAACAGGCUGUGGACGUUACUGAAAGGAUUUUAACAGACAUUAACGAAACACAUCUGGUCCAAAGGCUUUGGGAUCACAGGUCAAGAAACAAAAAAAACCCUGAUGAUCAUCUGCCGGCGCUGCUCCACAAAGCAGCAACGAUGGCAGCUGUGAAGGAGCUGCUUUUGGAAACACUGACUAAUUUGAAUCCUGUAGUCCUUGAAAAGUUCAAGAUCUUCUUAAAGUUCACGUCCUUCCAGAAGAAAUUACCAGAGAUCCCAUGGAGCAAUCUGCAAUGGGCCGACUGUAGAUCAACAGUGAAUCUGAUGUUGGCCACAUACGGUCAGCGGUGUUUGGAGGUGACCAGUCAGGUUCUAACAGACAUGAACCAGACUGAUCUGUUGGCGUAUCUGCCAGAGAAGAGCGAUGGAGCUGAAGAGAAACUUUCUUUGGAAGAACUUUGGCCUGGACUGAUCGACAAAGUAGAAGCCAUGGAGUCUGUUUUAGAGCUGCUGUUGGAAACCCUCGGUGCUCUAAAUGAAGAAGAGCAGCGUUUAUUCAUCGACUGGAUUUUUAAGAAAACUUUGUUGAUUGAGGAUCGUUUUCUGUAUCAAUUUCACAUCGGAGAAAGAUUUUUAGACCUGCAGGCUGCUGUGUUUGAAAUGGUGCAGCUGACCGUCCUGAAGUCUGUGGAGACAACUAAGAAAUUUUUAAUAAAGAUAAAAAGGCCAGAUCUGCUUCAGAUGAUUGAAACGUGCAGCAAAAGGCAGGAAAAGAAACUCUCAGUGGAUGAGCGCUGCUCUGCUGUCGUGCACAAAGUGGCUCUGAUGGCAGCUUUCAAACAGCUUCUCACAGACGUCCUGAGAGAUUUGAAAAAACAGGAGAUUAAGGACUUCAAGAAGUUUCUGAAGUCAAUCCUAUCGCCCUCUGACUAUAACCCGUACCAUUCUCCUUUGAGUUUGGAACCUGUCCCAGUUACAGUCAAUAGGAUGAUGAAGACGUUUGGUCUGCGGUCUCUGGAUGUUUCCAUGGAGAUUUUAAGGGACAUUAACAGGAACGAUCUGGUACAGAGGCUCCUGGAGAACAGCUCAGGACUCAAAGGAAAAGCGUCCGUUGAUGAAUAUCUGAGAGCAGAUGUGUUAAACAGAGUGCCAGCAAAGGUGGCUCUAAAACGUACUCUCCGGAAGAUGAUGAGGGACCUGGACCCCUGGGAUGUCAGGACAUUUAAAUGGUUGCUGCAGUUCACAUGUUUCCAGAAAGGCCUCCCAGACAUCCUAAACAGCAGGCGGAGGUCCAGGUCCUGGUUUGGAAGAAGUUUGGUGGAUCUGGGAGGAGGAGGACUGAAUCCACCAGACUUGGUGGAUCAGAUGGUACAGAGACUUGGCCAAGAGUCUGUGGACGUAGCCAGGGAGGUUCUGACGGACAUGAAGAGGACGGAUGUGGUACAGAAGCUGACAGGAAGCAGCUUAGGAUCAAAAGAGGAGCUACAGUCUCUGUUGCUCCAGAAAGAAGCAAGUCUAACAGCGGUUAUGGAGAAACUUCUGGAAACAUUUGAAAAUUUAGAUGAAGCUGAGUUUGAGCGUUUUUGGGAAACCCUACAGAUGACAGCCAUGAAGCACAGGAGAAGAACCCCGACCUACUUUAAUGAAACGAAAUGGAAAGUGGCCGAGCUGAUGUUGGAGCAGUUUGAUGAACAAAGUUUAGACGAGGCGAUGCAGAUUUUAAAGCAGAUAAAUCGGUCUGAUUUGGUACAGAAGAUUCCAGUGAAAAUCUCGACAAGACCUGUUAAACGCCUGGAUGCCAAGGAAACUAAAGGAGUGAUGCCGGACUCCAGCUGCUGGACUGAACUUGUACCUGAGGAAAACCGGACAGAUGCAGAAGCUCCAACCUACAGCUUCCAGUGUGAAGCUGGACACUUUGAAUGCAGCGUCUCUGGUCUGCGUUGGGUCUGUUCAGAAAAGGUCAUUUUUAAGUACCGGUUCUGCUCCUGGGACGGACACAUGGAGAGGAUAGAAAGCAGAGGAUACAUGCCUGCAGGUCCUAUGAUGGACAUCACCCUCAUUACGGGGAAGAUGAUGGAGGUGUUCCUGCCACACUGGAUCUGUACUGAUGACAUCCCUAAACCUUUGGACUGGUUUGCAGUCCUACACAUGGACGACUGCGGAGACGCUGUGGAAAAAGUCUCUGAGGUCUCAUCAGCACAUGUCAAACUAUCUGAACCCAUUUUCUCUCCGAGAGCGGCGCUGAUGAAAAUUGGCUUUCCUGUGAAAAUCAGCUGCAACGUGUUGAUCUAUCAGACCAACACAGCUUUCCUCACACUACAUGUUUACCUCAUCCCACGGGAUCCAGCGUUACAGCAGAAAAUGGACCAGAGGGAAACUUCCAAUGGAUACAAAGUGAUCCGAAAGCCAGACCCAGAGAAGUCCCUGAAAGUGAAAGAUUAUUUCAUCCUCUCAUCAGAUCUGGAUGCAGCAGAAGUUUCUCCUAAAGAAAGAAAACUCCGAUAUCAGAAAGGAGAGCCACCUUUCUUUGAAGUGUACGUUGAAAAUGCAAAGGGAAACUUCCGUCUGAUGCUCAGACCCGACGGAGAGGACCAGCCAGUGUGGGAGUGUACUGUUCGAGAAGGUGAAUAUCAAAGCAGUGGCCAGGCACAAGGAGGCGCUCCAACCGAAGCUGCUGCUGUGAAGACAGAAGGGGAGCACUUUGUGGACAGACACAGAGAAGAGUUGAUCCAAAGAGUCACCAACGUCGGACCCAUUUUAGACGGACUUUUACAGAAGAAAGUUCUCCAGCAGGAAGCUUAUGACAAAAUAUUACCUCUGUGGCCCACUCAGUCUCAGAUGAGGGAGAUCUUCAGCUGCCUGAGAGCUGGUGUUGAAAACAAAGACAUUUUCUUCUUCAUCCUUCAGCAGAAAGAACACAAUCUCAUCAAAGAACUCAUCUGAUUGAAGGAACUGAUGAUGGGAACCAUGGGCGGUUCUAAGAGUGGCCCAGAGGGGUACUGGUUCCUGCUGACGUGGCGUUCCUUAUUUACAGAUCAGUAAAAACUAUCUAUACUAUCUUUAUAUCAACCUUAAAAUUGCUGACAAAAAUAAAAUUAAACUUGUUCAAUGACAUUUAUAGGAACUGAAAUUAUACUCAGGACAGAAAUAUCUUUGAAUGACAGUUUAGUUUUAAAAACAAUAAUAUUGGCGAUAUUUAUAAGGCCAGAGGGCUUACAGAGCAAGAAGGUCCUGGGUUCAAAUCCCAGCCAGGGGUCUGGGUAUGGACUUUGCAUGUUCUCCCUGUGCAUAUGUUGGUCCUCUCAGGUCACUCUGCCUUCCUCCCAAAGUCCAAAAACAUGACGUGGUUAAUUAGUCUCCAAAUUGCCCUUAGGUCUGAAUUUGUGUCUCCAUGGUUUCUUUUUUUUUAGUGUCCUGUCUGGCAAUGUGGCAAUAAGAAUUGAUGUCUUAAUGGCAAAAUGAGCUCGACAGAUUUCAUUCUCACAAGUGGAGCAGUACAGCUUUCGCCAUAGUGGUCCACUUGAUUUAUACAUGUAAAUAGUUUUAUUAUAAUUCAUGCAGGGAGUAUUUCAUGUUAU